CGCAUUCUUUACUCAGCUCCUCCCACCAUGACGUCACCCAGGGUACAUAAGCUCAAGUUUGGCGAAUAUCUGCUGUCAGCACAGAGCCGGGGUUCAGCAGGCUUUCUCUCUGAAAUGGAUCGAGUCUGCUUUGCUUCUGGGGGAUCUCAGGUAUCUGCAGCUCUGUCCGCGUGACCAAGAUCUCACAAUCCUGGGCAGAGAUACAGAGAAGCAGCAGGAGGUUUUUUUCCCAAUAUAUAUAUAUUUAUACCUUCCUUGUGUCCAUGGGUUGCGGUGGAAGUCGGAGUGAUGCCAUCGAGCCCAGACGCCAUGAGAGCUGGACCAGGGAAACCGAGUCGACGUGGCUCACCAGCACAGACGCCGAGGGUCCGAAUAACAGCACCGGUAAAGGAGUGGAAGCACGAUCUUCUUUCUCUACUAAAGACAAGCGAAUGGUAAACACGGGGAUACAGUGCGGAAAAGCACCGUUAACCUCCGGCACAUGUACAAGUCAACAGAGAAGCCAGCAAAUGAAACUGGAAAGCGUCCAAGAAAGCGACUGUUCCCUCAAAUGAUGUUCCGUGAAGCCGUGACGCAGCCUCAGACCUGGUGAAGCCAAAAGAGGGAACUGGAUGUGAUGAGGAUGGGCCGAGGUGGGGGUUUAUUCAUGCAUGAAAAGCAGAGUAACAAGAAGCUUUUGGAUCUGGUGAUAUGACUGCAAUUAGGGAUUUGAGUAGGUUUUAGCAGGCAGGAGAAAAGACACUGAUUACCAUCCUCCCCACCACCACCACCACCACCACCACCACCACGGCAUACAGUCUGGCAGGACUGGCUCUGUCAUAUGGUACCUUAAUGGCACAAUCAGAAGGUUAAGCUGUAGGGAAAGAAACAGUCGUAUGGCCCUUAAAGAGCAGGAUCCAUAGUGGCUCAUUAUAUUUAGACAUAAAACUGUACAUAUUUAAGGAAUUUACAUUUCGAGCCAAAAACUUUGCACAUACUGUAUAAGGACUCUGACUGAAUCCACUGUGAGAUUCCUUGUGAAGGGCUUUUGCAAGUUGCGCUUUAUGUGUGUGUGUGUGUGUGUGUGUGUGUGUGUGUGUGUGUGUGUGUGUGUGUGUGUGUGUUAUUUAUCAGUUCAUUAAAGGAUAUCAUUGUCACUUACUUAUAUAAUAAGUGGCCUAUUUAAGGUAUGCUAAUGUCAUAAUUAUAAACAUAUUCUAAAAUUGUAUGAAAUUGAUUUUUUUUUUUGCAAAUGAGCAUCAAAAAUUACCGUAUAAAAUAUUUCAGACUUUCUUAUCACGGUGCAUCGACACACCAGUAUGCCAUCAAACCCGCAACUAAAUGAAACGAUCGACAUUUUUUAAAUGACAUAUUCUGAAUAUUUAGUUAUUAGUGUCUAAUGCUUAUGUAAUUUGUUUAUUUGGUAUAAUUCAAUUUUAAUUACAGCCUUCGUUUCGUUUGUCUUUUUUUUCUAUAUUUCUGGAUCAUGCUGAAUGUUUUUCCUGGUUUAAAAUCAAUUCAAUCAAAAUGUAACCAAACAAUUUCAAGGCUCAAUGCAAAGGCUUGUCUAUAAUUUAUAUACAUAUAUACAUUUUAAAUUACAGUGUACUUUAUGCUUUGGUGUG